UGAACUGAUGAAUCAAUUGAAGUAGAAAAACAAAUUAAAUAUAAUUAAUGUUGUAGAAACUUUAUAAAGCAGAAUGUGAUAAUUCUUGUGUCUUGCUACUUCUUUUUCCUCCUGCUUAUGAGUGGAUUUGUCAUUGUGUGUGUGUUAAAUCUCAAAUCUCAACUACUAAAAUUGUUGGAAACUUGCAUUAUUCACAAAGAUACUACUUCGCCAUUGCAAAAGAAUUGAUGCAGCUCAAUGGCACAACCAAGUCUUUGGUAGCAAACCAUCUUGCUGAGUCCAUAGCAGGAACCAAGCCUCUAAAGGAAGAUUGUAAAAUGCAGCUUACCUUGGAGUUGACACAUGAGAAAAGUUGUCGUAUUCUUGAUACUUUGGUUUUAGAGGCUUUGAGGGGCGUCAACAUUAAAGAGCUAGAAAAAAAUUUACCAAAGACAUCAGAUGUGUUUCUCUCUGACGAUGUUAAAACUGCGUGCUCAGUUUUAGCUGAUAGCAUAAUCGUUGGGCUCUAUGAAUACUUGGCUCCUAUGAAAGCAUCAGCGUGUAGUGAUAAGCUUGGUCUACGCUUAGAGCUGGGUUCCUUUGCUGCUGGAGUGAUGAUAUCAACUGAUCUUGCUCAGCAUACACUCAAACAAAAAAUGCUAAUAGCCUAUAUUAGUGUACAUUCAAGGGUGGUGGGAAGAAUGGACAAGCUAUGUAUCAAACCCAACCUUUGGCAUUGUUUGCGUGAAGUGGCUGCCCUCAGAUUAUAAUAUGCAGUCCAAGCAUUUAUCAUUCCACAAAGCAAUUUUCCAUAUAUGUGGUUUCUACGUAUGUGUAUAUACAAAUAGUGUAAAAGCAUACAUACCUGUAUACAAGCAGUGUAAAAACAUACAUGAAUGAAAUGGUAGGUCUAUCCCAGAACUUUCAGAAUUCAUGUCAAAUUGAAUAUAGAUUGAGCUGCGAUCACUGUAGGUAUUAAUCACACUUAAAAUGUGUGGUCUAAAUGUUUAUUGUCACAGGUUUUAUUA